AGGCCGGAAGUCCUUAGCCGGUAGCUUCCGGGUUUCCUGGGCUACUACGAUGGCGAUGAGUUUCGAGUGGCCGUGGCAGUAUCGCUUCCCACCCUUCUUUACGUUACAACCGAAUGUGGACACUCGGCAGAAGCAGCUGGCCGCCUGGUGCUCGCUGGUCCUGUCCUUCUGCCGCCUGCACAAACAGUCCAGCAUGACGGUGAUGGAAGCUCAGGAGAGCCCGCUCUUCAACAACGUCAAGCUACAGCGAAAGCUUCCUGUGGAGUCGAUCCAGAUUGUAUUAGAGGAACUGAGGAAGAAAGGGAACCUCGAGUGGUUGGAUAAGAGCAAGUCCAGCUUCCUGAUCAUGUGGCGGAGGCCAGAAGAAUGGGGGAAACUCAUCUAUCAGUGGGUUUCCAGGAGUGGCCAGAACAACUCCGUCUUUACCCUGUAUGAACUGACUAAUGGGGAAGACACAGAGGAUGAGGGUAAUGCCUUUCCCUUCCCACUCACAGUUAAUUUUUUGUUUUGUUUUGUUUUGUUUUUCCGAUAUGGAGUCUUGCUCUGUCACCCAGGCUGGAGUGCAAUGUUGCAGUAAGCCAAGAUCGCACCACUGCACUCUAGUCUGGAUGACAGAGCGAGACUCCGUCUCAGAAAAUAAAAAUAAUAACAAUAAAAAAAAUUAUAAAUAAACUUUCUUCAUUCAGCAUCUGCUAUAGAUGCCGAAUGAGAAACAAGGGCAGGGGAUUAAGCUUGAAAUCUCAUUCCUUGCUGACUCAGGCUCUCUUUCACCCUUUAUUCUUAUAGAGGGCUCAAGAUCUGUGGGUGUCAGCUGAAGAGAUUGGGCCAACACCCCCAGCCCAUUUAAAUACUUUGGUUUCUGGCCAGGCAAGGAUUUGUAUAGUGUUUGAUUUUUACAUAGUGUAAACACUCUUAGUUCUUUUUCUCCGACUCCAGAUUCUGAUCCUCUGGAUCACCACAAGUUUCGAUCUUAGCUGGGAUAACAGGGGGUGUCUCCCCUUUCUGCCAGGCCCUGGCUGCCCUAGCAGAGUUUAUAGCUCUUGGCUGUUCCCCCUCCUGCCCUGCAGGUCUCUGCUUGCUACUCCCACCAUCACCCCAUGAUUUCAGCACUGUAGCCUUGCCCAGCCCACCACUCAGGUUGGGCAAAGUUGUAGGCUUCCUCAGAAAGCAAGCUCCCUGACUUAGCUGAGCCCCCGCAGGGGGUGAGGUAAGCAAGCCUGUCAGGGCUUGCCUGCUGCCUCCCACAUCUCCCUGCAGUAUCUUACCAUAUCUCCACAUACUCAGCUAGCCAUAGGCUCCCCAAUUUUUUUGGUUUUUUUUUUGAGACAAAGUCUUGCUCUGUCCCCCAAGCUGGAGUGCAGUUGCGCGAUCUUGACACUGCAACCUCCACCUCCCGGGUUCAAGUGAUUCUUCUGCCUCAGCCUCCUGAGUAGCUGGGAUUACAAGUGACCACCACUAUGCCCAGCUAAUUUUUUGUAUUUUUAGUAGAGACAGGGUUUCUCCAUGUUGGCCAGGGUGGUCUAGAACUCCUGAUCUCAAGUGACCCUCCCACCUCAGCCUUCCAAAGUUCUGGGAUUACAGGCAUGAGCCACCGCGCCUGGCCUGUGCUCCCAGCUAAAAGCUAGAAAAAGGGCAGAUAAUAGUGCUGGAGUUUAACAGUCUCCUGGCCAGGGGUACUGGCUAUAUUCUUUGUGUUAGGAUAGAUCCUCUAGGGUCAGUGUCUAGUGACAAUGGCUCCGAUCUCCCUAGGCCUGAUUUUCACGGCCCCUUUGUGGCCCUGAAGCAGAUGGUGUCAUUCUCGUGCAUCAGACACAAAUGCUAGGUGUGGGGGAGGCUGAGUCUGAGAGGAGAACCAGGAAGGGGGAAAUAAGCACAAACUCAUUUCAUGCUGAUUCAGGCUUUCUUCUACCCCUUACUCCUAAGGAGUGCCUGGGAAGUGUGGAUGGCAGCUGUAGCAGUAUAGAUGGCGUAUGCAUACCCUGCCUCUGGGAGGUCUCGGCUUCCAGCCAGAGCACUCUCCUCAGAGGCCUUGGGCCCCAGGAGCUGAUUGUCUCUGCCUAUCUCUCCCUGUUCAGAGUUCCAUGGGCUGGAUGAAGCCACUCUACUGCGGGCUCUGCAGGCCCUACAGCAGGAGCACAAGGCCGAGAUCAUCACCGUCAGCGAUGGCCGAGGUGUCAAGUUCUUCUAGCAGGGACCUGUCUCCCUUUACUUCUUACCUCCCACCUUUCCAGGGCUUUCAAAAGGAGACAGACCCAGUGUCCCCCAAAGACUGGAUCUGUGACUCCACCAGACUCAAAAGGACUCCAGUCCUGAAGGCUGGGACCUGGGGAUGGGUUUCUCACACCCCAUAUGUCUGUCCCUUGGAUAGGGUGAGGCUGAAGCACCAGGGAGAAAAUAUGUGCUUCUUCUUGCCCUACCUCCUUUCCCAUCCUAGACUGUCCUUGAGCCAGGGUCUGUAAACCUGACACUUUAUAUGUGUUCACACAUGUAAGUACAUACACACAUGCGCCUGCAGCACAUGCUUCUGUCUCCUCCUCCUUCCACCCCUUUAGCUGCUGUUGCCUCCCUUCUCAGGCUGGUGCUGGAUCCUUCCUAGGGGAUGGGGGAAGCCCUGGCUGCAGGCAGCCUUCCAGGCAAUAUGAAGAUAGGAGGCCCACGGGCCUGGCAGUGAGAGGUGUGGCCCCACACCGAUUUAUGAUAUUAAAAUCUCAACUCCCA